UAAGAGGUCAUCAGAUGUUAACACAUGUACAAUGACUUAGAAGUGUAAUUAUUGGAUCGAUCAGCCCAUCAGCAAUCAAUUUGAACUUUUUCCCCCCUUGACACUGAGAAAGGUAUUCUAAGCAGGAAUCACAGUUACAAUGCUGUACGUCAGGACGCUGUGUCUGCUGGCUUGUUUACUUCCUUGUGUAUCAGGAAAUACUCCUCCAGACUUCAGAAGAACGGUGAUCAUGUUUGAAAGCAGGGCAUCACCGAAAGAGCCAGUCUUUGUGCGUGGUGGUGUCUUUUAUGGAAGGCGAAAAGGCUGUUACACCGCGCCAUCCCUAGAUGUGAACCCUUGUGCUAUUCCCAUCAGACACAAGAAUUAUACCGGCAGUUACAUUGAACAACCUUACAAUGAUUGGAGCAUUGGCGACAAUUAUUUGGAUUGGAUAGGUGCUGAGCCAACUCAGAGCUCAUGGCGUGAGAUCCUUCCUGAAGGCAGCCCAACCAUUUCGACAUCUAAUAUAAAGAAAUCAAAUAAGUACCAUGUACUCAACACAUACGGAGAAGGUUACUGGUUGUUAGAUGUAGAAAUGGACUGUUCCAAGACGGUCAAUGGAUUCUUCGAGGUGAAAGCGUUCCUGAAUCACGAGUUCGAGUAUGACAUAGACCAGGACAAAAUGUGCUCGGGGGCGUACGCCAUGCGGAAGCCUUUCACUUCAAGAAGUCACGUGGGGAUGUGUGGUGCCAAGAAUGUAUUUUACAUCAACUACGGUGCUUGUGAAGUGACUUGGCUCUAAGGAGACUGCAGCAGGCUUGAGACUCUUAAAUUUAAACAAAUAAAAUUAGCUUUUUUUUUUUA